GACGAAUGUACCGAAGGCAUGCAUGAUUGUGAACAUAGCUGUACUAACAGAGAGGGUGGCUUUGUUUGUUCUUGUAACGAUGGAUUUAGAGUUGACAGUAGAAAUAAUAGUAAAUGUAAAGAUAUAAAUGAAUGUGAGCAGGCCUUGCAUAAUUGUACACAUAUAUGCAAAAAUACUGAAGGAGGUUUCGCGUGCCAGUGCUAUCCUGGGUUCAAAUUUGACGCAGCAACAUGGUCAUGUACUGAAGUUUCAGACGGAGGUUGUAAUGCAUCGGAGAAGAAUGCCUGUUCAAACACGAGUGGAUGCACAUUAGUCCAGGGGAAGCCAGAGUGUUUUUGCAAUGCUGGGUACGAGCUUGACGAAUCAAAAGAAGUUUGCAAAGAUGUAGAUGAAUGCAGCCGAGGUGUAUGUCCACAUGAUUGUGUAAAUACUAUUGGAAGUUUUCAAUGUGUAUGUUUUACGGGGUAUCGGCUCCAGGAACCUACUACAUGCUCAGCAUGUGAAGUUCCUUACUGGGGACAGAAUUGCGAACAAACAUGCGUUUGUACUGGCCGCGGCGCAGAUAGGUGUGAUCCAGUUAAAGGAUGCAUAUGUAAUGCUGGAUGGCAGGGUGUGUCUUGUGAUAACGAUAUAAACGAAUGUGUGGCUUCAGUUGAAAUAUGUGUCGAUCCACGGAAAACAUGUGUCAAUAGUUUAGGCUCGUACACAUGUGCUUGCAGAACUGGAUAUCACUUAACUGAGAAAGGGGACUGUGAAGACACAGAUGAAUGCUCUGACAUACAAUUGAAUGAAUGUAUGCAAGAAUGUACUAAUACACUUGGAAGCUAUUCAUGCAGCUGCAGAGACGGAUAUACAAAAUACAAUGAAACAUCUUGCACAGAUAUAGAUGAAUGUGCACUGGGAACUGAUAAGUGUGAGCAACGGUGUACUAAUAAUGUAGGAUUGUACACCUGUGCCUGUCAUACUGGAUAUACUCUCAAUGAUGAUCGACAAUCUUGUAUUAAAUUGUCAGACCCUUGCCUUGCAGACAAUAAUUUAACAUGUUCACAUUUCUGUGUGUCGUCUGAGGGGAACGCGGUUUGCGGUUGUCAGAAAGGUUAUAAUUUGGACUCCGAUAACGAGACAUGUACAGACAUAAACGAAUGUGAAGACAGUGUCGGAAACAAGUGCAGCAUUGAUGCUACAUGCAUUAAUACGGCUGGUUCUUAUGAAUGUGACUGUCCAGUUGGGACACAACUUCAGAAUGACGGAAGAACAUGUUCAGCAUGCGAUGACUAUCACUAUGGCAGAAACUGUUCGCAAAAUUGUAGCUGUUUGUACGGGACAUGUGACAAAAUUAAAGGUUGUAUUUGUGAUGCUGGUUGGGCUGGAAAUAAUUGCGAUAUUGACAUCAACGAAUGCGAAACUGGACAGGUCACAUGCCAGACUGAAAAUGCGAUAUGUGUAAAUUUGCGAGGAGGUGCGACAUGUUCCUGCAAGUCGGGCUACAGAAAUAUUUCAGGACAUUGUCAAGAUAUAGACGAAUGUGAUGAUUUACAAUUAAAUUCAUGUGAUCAACAAUGUGUCAACUCAGAAGGGGGCUACACUUGUACCUGUCAUAAGGGAUUUGUUUUAAAGGGAGAAAAAUGUACAGAUUUGGAUGAAUGUUCAGGCAGUCACAAUUGCGAUCAAGUCUGUGAAAACACUGUCGGGAGCUAUAUAUGCUCCUGUAAAAGCGGUUUCCGACUUGAUUUGACUGACAGGAAAUCCUGUAAACCGGAAAUUGAAUGUAACGAAGAGGAAAUGAAAAACUGUACGGAACAUGCAUUCUGUUAUGUUAACAACGGCGUAGUAAGCUGCACGUGCAUGAAUGGUUUUCAUCCAAAUGGAGAUAGUUGUGAUGAUAUAGAUGAAUGCACGGCAGAUGAAAAUCCAUGUUCCCAGCAGUGCAAUAACACUGAUGGAAGUUUCGUAUGCAGUUGUGACGUUGGCUAUUAUUUACAAGAACACAGAGUAACAUGCCGAGAGUGUAAUGCAUGGACAUAUGGUCUUGAGUGUAAAAAGAAUUGCUCAUGUGACAAACUGAAAACAGAAGAAUGCGACCCUGAAACUGGAAUGUGUAUAUGUAAACCUGGUUGGAACGGUACUGUAUGCGAUGAGGAUGUGAAUGAAUGCAAGUCUGACACUGUUUGUCCUAAUACUUCAAUUUGUGAAAAUGCGGCCGGAAGUUACGAGUGUAAAUGUAAUAGAGGAUAUCUUAAAACCGGAGCUACCCACUGCGAAGCUUGUCAACCGUGGAACUAUGGACUCGACUGUAAAUCAAAUUGCACAUGUGAGAUUUCAAACACAGAAACAUGCAAUGCAGAAAAUGGUGACUGCACGUGUAAAUCAGGAUGGAAGGGCACCAACUGUGAAGUUGAUAUCAACGAGUGUGCCGAUGAAUCUGUAUGUCCGGAACAUUCAUCUUGUGUGAAUUUGAAUGGAAGUUUUGACUGUAUUUGCAAUAGGGGAUAUUCAAAGACAAGUGGCAAACUAUGCAAGGAAUGUGACAAUUUCAUGUACGGUGAUAACUGCGGUGAACCCUGCGCAUGCAAUUUGGAUACCACCCAUGCCUGUAACAAUGAAAACGGAAGUUGUUAUUGCAAAGAGGGUUGGGAAGGUGAACAGUGUUCUCGUGAUAUAGAUGAGUGUACAGAAAAUGUUAAUACCUGCCAGACGAAAGCAAACUCCACCUGCAUAAAUGAGGAUGGUUCUUAUAUGUGUGAAUGUGACAAGGGCUUUCGAGAACAAGGCGAUGUUUGUACAGACUGCGAUCAGUGGAAAUUCGGAGAUAACUGUGAAUCACAUUGUACAUGCGAAGUGAAGAAAACAAUGUUCUGUAACGCAAAAACUGGAAUAUGUAUGUGUAAAUCUGGAUGGAAAGGGUCUAAUUGUCAGUAUGAUAUCAAUGAAUGUGACUUUGAAGAUAUUUGCCCGGAUAAUUCUGCAUGUGUAAACAAAUUGGGAAGCUUUGAAUGCAGGUGCAACCUAGGUUAUUCAAAAAAAGAAAAUGGAAACUGUGAUGAAUGCACCGGAAGUACCUAUGGUGAAAAUUGCUCUGAAUCUUGCAACUGCAACGCGACCAAUACAGUAAAUGAAAACCAAACAUGUGACACAGUAACAGGAAAAUGUAAAUGCAAAAAUGGUUGGAUUGGAGACACGUGCAACGAUGAUGUCAACGAAUGCGAGGAAACCGCCGCGUGUAUUACGAUGAAAAACACAACUUGUGUUAACACCUUAGGAUCGUUCCUGUGUGACUGCCUGAGAGGGUUUAAAAAGGAUACAGGCGGAUUCUGUGUUGAAGAUGUUCGACCAACAAUUCCAAAACCUGGUAUAUCGUUUGGCCAUAGUAUUGCGAUUGAAACUGAUUUGCCUGCUGGAACUAAUCUUGAUUCCGCAAACAUUUUCAACACACUUCAACUGGAACUUAAACGCAGCUUACUGGACUAUUUCAAGAGAUAUACCUCUGCACCAAUAGACAUUAUUAUCCAUGAUAUACGGCCAGGAAGCAUCCUCGUCGAUUACACUGUUGUGUAUGGUGAGAAAGUGGAAGACGUUGCCUUGAAUUUAACAAGAGCGGUCUUGGAUCUUGAAAAGGGUGCUGAAAUAUCGUUAUAUGGUGAGAAUAUCACGGCUUCAUCAGACGUGUAUAAAGAUUGGAAACCGUGCGAAGUUUACAACGUGACAGCUGUAGGCUGUAAUGAGGGUUACGAAUGCAAAGCUGAAAACGACUAUCCUACCUGCAGACUUAUAGAAGACGGAACUGAUGUAAACUGGUCGUUGGUCACUGGACUGUCGGCGGCGGUACUGUUUCUCGUGCUUAUCGUGGCUAUUACUGGCGUGUGCUUUAGACAUCUCUCUAGAAAACAGGAAAUGAAGAAACAUAGAGCAAGAACUGGCUUGUUCGGUCACAGUCCAUAUAGGGUUGGUCCUGGUGCCCGCAAAUUACAAGGAAUGCAAAGAGGUAACUCUGCAGACACUAAAAGUAGUGUUCUAAGAUGGAAAAACAAAUUAUCUGGGUCAUCAUACGGAAAUAGCCCUGCUUAUAGCCAACCGUACCACAUUCCUAGAGAUAGACAUACUGAAUACAACUAUGAAAACUGGAUCUAGACCACCGAUCUUUGGCUUACCCAACGUAUUCUAAUGCAAUCUUUGGAUGAAAUCGAAACUUGUUUUCUUAUUCUAUAUCAUUAACAAUACGAAAACGUCUGUGAACGUCACUGACUUCAAUAUAUAUAACUAUAAAUUCUAAGUAUAAUAUACCGUUUUAAUGCUUCUGUGUUAUGACUAUCAAAUUAAGAGGUCAGUGGUGUUGUUUUUUUUGUCAAUGGGUUUUUUUAUCUAUUGGAAAAAAAACAUUGUUCUGAUCGAGUGUUGUAUGAACGUUAUUCAAGACGGUUACGAGUUUAGACAUCAAAUUGAGGAAUUUGUUGGGUUCUUUUUUCUAAUUAGUGAUUUUAGUUAUCAGUUUUUAUUGCACUGAAAUGUAUGAUACAACUUUAAAGAACUAUAUACCCAGGAGUAUCUAUAUAUGUGUAGUAUAUAAAGUAACUAAUAAGUUAUAUAUUUCAUUCAUGCUUAGUUGAAUUGUUAUAGUUAUUGCACCAAACUUUUAGAUUUUCUUGUCAUUUAGGAUCAUGUAGUACAUCAAUUUUCAUCAUCAUGAAAACUGUA